GAGUAGAGAUUAGGCAAAUCAAUUCUCGAUCCCCAAAUUUCGAAACUUGUUCUUAGGGCUUUGCUCUCGAUUCCUCUCUUCGAUCGUAGGCGAUUUGAUUUAUAUCCAUCGGUGAUCGGAUUUUUUCAGAGUCUUCUCCGUCUCGUCGUUGCCGGCGUCUGAUCGGAUCAUCGUUUUGUUCAGGCGAAAUAUGGUGGUGAUUUCCCUGAAGAUUUUGAAUUCGAAAUUUCUUCGGUUGCUUCCGCUUGACUUUAUCGCGAUUUCGAUUACGUACUGGUGAUUAUUAGGGUUUGGGAGGAGAGUAGAUUGCUUUUGGAUCUCUAGAUCUUUGACUGAGGAAUAUGUAUAUUGAAGAACUGACGGAAAGGGAGGAGGAGAAGGGGGAGAGAUUGGUUGAGGAUAACGUUGCUGAUGGAGAUAAGGCGAUUUUGGUGAGCAGAGGAAACGUGAUUGUGUUGACUACAAAGAGGGCACUCGUUGGUGUUGGUGCUCGUGCCUUGUUUUAUCCUACUCUGAUUUACAACGUUGUUAGGAAUAAGCUCGAGACUGAGUUUCGCUGGUGGGAUCGGGUGGCUGAGUUUAUUUUACUGGGAGCUGUUCCAUUCCCAUCUGAUGUUCCACAGCUGAAAGAGCUCGGUGUUUGUGGAGUGAUCACUCUGAAUGAGCCAUAUGAAACUUUGGUUCCAUCGUCUCUCUACAAAUCUUACUGCAUUGACCACCUGGUGAUUGCCACAAGGGAUUAUUGUUUUGCUCCUUCCAUGGAAGCAAUAUGCCAAGCUGUAGAAUUUAUCCAUAGAAAUGCUUCGCUUGGAAAGACGACUUAUGUUCACUGCAAAGCGGGUCGGGGUCGCAGCACAACUAUUGUCAUAUGCUACUUGGUUCAACACAAAAACAUGACACCUGAAGCAGCAUAUGCCUACGUGAGGUCAAUCAGGCCCAGGGUUCUUUUAGCAGCCGCCCAAUGGAAGGCCGUUGUUGAGUACUACCAUGUCAAGGUGCUGAAUACUCAGAGCUGCUUAACUGAUACAACUUCAGCUUUGAUCCCGAGAAAUGUGAAGCAGGUUUGUUCUGGGAAUGUAGUGGUGUUUGAUGAUGGGUCAAUGGUGGUAGUCACCCACUCGGAUCUAGAGGGCUAUAAUGAUGAUGAUGACUCACGGGCACGGAGGUCAGUGAAUGUUACUGGGAAUGAGCUAUGGGCGGCAGCUGCAGAUCUGAGCAUGGUGUACCGGGUGAAAGUGGUGGGGCAGGCUGCGAUGGCGAGGAUCUCGUGUCUGUGGCUGGGCUUGCGUGAGGACCACAAGCUUUCUGGGAAAAAUCUUUCCAUGGGAGGCAUAAGCGUCGACAUUUCGGUCUACUGAUGAUGAUGGCGAAGAAUGAAUGCAGGUGAGUCUG